AUGGGGAGAGCACCAUGUUGUGAGAAAGUGGGACUAAAAAGAGGGCCAUGGAGCCCUCAAGAAGACCAAAUUCUCAUCAACUUCAUCCAACUCAAUGGCCAUUCCAAUUGGAGGGCACUUCCAAAGAAAGCUGGACUGUUAAGGUGUGGAAAAAGUUGCAGACUUAGAUGGACCAAUUAUCUGAGACCAGACAUUAAAAGAGGAGAUUUCACCAUUGAAGAAGAACAAACUAUCAUCAACUUGCAUCAAAUGCUUGGAAACAGAUGGGCAGCCAUUGCAGCAAAAUUACCAGGAAGAACAGACAACGAGAUUAAAAACGUGUGGCACACUCAUUUGAAGAAGAGAUCAUUGAACCAAAACCAAACCCUAAAAGAUCACAGCCAACUAAAGAAGAAAAGUUGUCUUCGCGAUCGACCACCUUACUCGGUAAUCAAAUCAGACAGCGGAGAAAAAAUCGAUCAUCGUACUAUGAACAACACCGAUAAUAAUGUCAGUGACAAUGAUACCAAGCUCGUAGAACUUGCUUUUGCAGAAGAUUUUUUAAAGAAUUUAUUGUCGGAAGAAGAAUUUUUCGAUAUCGAUUCGAAUCUAGAGAAGGAUUAUAAUUGUGGGAUGGUGAUAAACGAUGAGGUUGAAAUUCCUUUGAGUGGAGAAGAAUUUAACAGCUGUGGUUCUUCAGAGACACUUGAUAUCAUGGAUUUUUGGAGAAGUGUUUUUAUGAGAGAUGGAGAAUUACCAGAAGUACUGGAAGAAAGUAAUAUAAUAUAAAUAAAUUUGGGAUGUUAUUUAAUUUGUUAGGAAAAAAAAGGAAAACUAUGAA